AUGUUUGCGUUAUACGCCUUCAUCCUUGUAUUGUCAGCAUACUGGAUAUACAAAAUAUCUAAAUCUCGAAUUAAGAAAGUACCCGGACCAAAAGGUCUUCCAAUCGUAGGGAAAGGUCUGGAGUUUAACUCCAGUAAUUUACUCCAGAAAUUUGAUGAACUGUCGAAAGAAUAUGGGGAUUUUUUUCUGGUGAAUCUGUUUGGUAUUGAUUACCUGAUUUUAAACUCAGAGAAUGCUAUCAGAGAAGUUUUAACGGACACAAAUCUGAAAGCCUAUACAAACGACCGUAGUCCGACGUUCUGGGGCGAGUAUGCUUAUUAUGGCAACCAGAGUGUGGCCUUUUACAAAGAAGGUUACAGCCACGUACACAGCAAGAUGAGAAAAUACAUAGCGAAAGGGUUACACUUUUACGGAGAAGAUGGACGAGACAUUUUUGAGAGUAACGUUUUCUCUGAGCUUGGAAAUUUCACUAAAAAGAUCGAACGGUUGAGGGUGAGAGGUGAGGAGGCUGAUAUGAUGGCACUCAUUCAACGGUCGCUGUCGAAUGUCGUCUCUGUUGCAUUAUCUGGCGAGGUGAUACCGGAAGGGAACGAAGAUGAGGACAUGUUCUGGAAAAUCAUUGACACUAAUAGCUAUUUCUUAGCCAAUGCCCGAGACGCCAUUUUAUCCGCCCUUCCUAUCCUCCGCUUCCUGCCCGGACCGUACAGUAGCAUGUGGCAGCGUCUUAACGAUGGCAAGGCAAAAGUCAUCAGAAACUACUUUGUAUCCCAAAAGAAGACACACAUCUCUGGGAAACCACGUGGUAUCUGCGACAUGUUUUUUGACGCCCAGGAGGAGGAGAAGGCGGACGGUGACAUGGUGCUGACUGAUGAACGAGUUAUCUCUAACAUACUAGAAGUGGUCGUAGCAGGAAUCAUCACGUCGUGGUCACUUCUUAGUUCCACCAUGUUCCUCCUUCUCCACCACCCGGAGUUCCAAGAUCGCCUGGCCAAGGAGCUACAAGCAGUUGCCGGACAGGGUGAAGAAGUAACAAGUAAAGACAAGGUCAAGUCACCACUCAUGGAAGCCCUGGAGUUAGAGACCCAUCGUUUGCUGCUGGUGAACCCAACGCUUUUAACCAGGCUGUCCAGAAAGGAUGUAGAGUAUAAGGGGUAUACCAUAAAGGGAGGAACGCGAAUAAUUUCAAACGUGUGGAAAGUUCAUCACGACGAAAAGCUUUGGGGAGAUCCCUGGAAAUUUCGACCGGAACGUUUCUUGGACAAGAAUGGUCAACUGGUAUCCCGUGACCACUCGUAUAGAACAAGUUGGAUGCCAUUCGGACUUGGCAAGCGCUCUUGUAUAGGGGAACCAUUCGCCCGCGCCCGCUAUUUCCUGUACGUGGCGACCCUGCUACGCAACUGGAGAUUAUGUCCUUCGAAAGACCAGCCACUACGGGACUAUGAUCCUCGACACGUGGAAAAUUUUGACAUUGAAUUUACAGUGCGGCCCAAACCCUACUUUUGUCGCAUUGAGAAAAGAGAAUGGAAUUGA